CGGUUGCUUGCAGCACCCCACCCCCACUCCUCCCUCACCUCACGCCACCCACUCACACCACCCCCACUCCUCACAUCACGCCACUCCACAUCAACAGUCACCCCCCCCAACUCCUUUCUCACACCACCCCGUCGCUGACAAUGGCCUCGAGGGUCGGCAGCGCAACAGGCGACGACGGCGGGUUGGAACUGCGCAACGUCUCAUCUCCACCCACGCCGCCAAUGGAUCUCGCGCAGGAUGGCCGCCCGCAGUCCCGGCGCAUCGCAUCGGUCGUGCGCCGCGUCUCGCGAAGCGCCCGCCGGGCAUCCUCGCCGCUGGUCCAAAGCGACGGCAGCACAGCCGCUGCCACCGACACCGCCGCUGCCACCGCGACGAGGACAUCGACGCCGCUCACAGCCACAACAGCGUUUUCGGUGCGCACCACGCCCGACACAACCAAGCCGCGGCACCACAACUACAACGGCAGCGAGGAGGAGGAGGAGGACGACGACGACGAGGACGGAUCGGCAGAUGCAGAGGCAGUGACGCCCGGAAAGCUGGAUGGCCACCUUGGGCACAUCGAGACGGUGGUCGCCUGCUCGGACUCGCUGGCGCUCUCGGGUGCGGCAGACGGCGUGGUCAAGGUGUGGCGCAUCGCCGAUGAUGGCCUGGAGCGCAUCGCCGAGCUCAAGGGCCACGCAGAGGGCAUCACGCAGGUGGUGCAGACCACAGAUGGCACGCGCGCAAUUACGCUCAGCAGCGACGAGCUGGUGCUCAAGGUGUGGGAUUUAUCGACGCGCAAGUGCCUGCGCACGUUUGACUUCUUUGAGUACCGCCAACAGGAGGAGGAGCACGCAGAGCCGUUUGGUGAGAGCGACGUCGAUGGCCACCACGCGCCAACAACAACAACAUCAGCAACAGCAACAACAGCGACAGCAACAAGACCAUCCAAGGCAACGCCAGGGUCUCCAAUCCAUGUGAAACGCACAUCAAAGCACAAGGGCCGGCACACGGUGCAUGCACGCAAGAGUGGCGCGGACAGCAGCCAUUCAAAUCAAAGCGGAAGCGGCGGUGGUACGAAUACGAAAGCGAACAGCAAGGGCAGUGCCAAUGCUAAUGCUGGUACUGGUGUUGGCGGUGAUGAAAACGCUGAUGAUGCUGAUGAUGAUGACGAUGCCGAUGAUGACGACGACGAGGAUGAUGAGCUGGAUGUUGACGCUGCUCAUUCAGACACGCCGACCAGCCGCGCUGGCGGCAGCGGUGGCGGGCGACCGCCAUGGAGGCAGGUGCGCAUUGCGCCACCGCAUCCUCCACAUGGCAGCAAGAACACGACAGCAGCGGUGCCAGCGGCAACCAGCAAGGACAUUGAGGUGGAGAUUGAUGCGUGGGUGACGACGAUGGUGCUGUCUGCGGACAACAGCACGCUGUAUGUGGCUGCCGGUGAUCCGCCAAAGAUCUACGCCUGGGAUCUGAACACGUUCGUGUGGGAGCCCGUGGUUACAGAGGCCACGGGCAUCGUGCAGUGCAUGGCCAUUGACGCGACGCACAACCGCUUGUUCACCGCCACAGACACGGGCAUGGUGGAUGUGUGGGCGCUGCCGCCGCCCAAGGCAUCAACGCCGUCGGCGCCGCUCAGGCACGUGGCCACCCUGCCUGCGUUUGCCGACAAGAAGAAGACGAAGAAGACUGCGGUGUGGUGGAUUGCCGCUGCGCCCGACGGCACGUUUGUUGCGGCCGGCGGUGCGAGCAAGCACGUGCUGGUGUGGUCCAGCGACAGCGUGGCCGCAGCCAUCAAGCGGGGCAGCGCAACAAGGACAUCAGCAACAGCAGCAGCGACCACAGCAGCAACAGCAGCAGCGGAGGUGGUGGGCGUCGCAGCGGUGAUCAAGGGCCACGGCACGCAUGUGUGCUGCGGCAUCAUCUCUGCGGACUCGAACCGGCUGGUGACGGGAGACCAGACGGGCAUCAUCAAGGCGUGGUCGCUGCGGGAAGGCUUCCCCUGCGAGGCCACGCUGCCUGGCCACCGGUACGCGGUGUUGAGCGUGGCGCUGUCGCCGAGCGGGCGGACACUCGUCUCCGGCGGCGAGGCGUCGGAGCUGCGGGUGUGGGACAUGGAUGCGCUUGAGUGCAAAGGCGUCAUGUGGUCGGUGAAGAAGAUGAUGCUGGACUUUAUCCGCACGGAGCCCUCGCACGCGCUGGCCAUGGCGCAGGAAGCGGAAUUCCCUGGCCGCCACCUGGCCAGCGUGCGGCUGGCGCUGUUCCGGGCGGCGCUUGGCGCGGACACGGCGCUGGUGCUCAAGCUUGCAGAGGGCCUGUUUGCGCUGGAGGAGGCCGAGGUGGAGGCUGGGGCGCCACGCGCGCGCCUUCGCCCGGGCGAGUUUGCCGUGGUCGACCCGCACCUGCUUGAUCGCCCAAAGCGGCUGCGGGCGCAGCUGUCGCGGCAGGAGGACCGCAAGGCGACGCGUGUUGCCACGCGGCCGCUGGUGCUGGACAUGCACCAGCUGUGCGGGGAGCCGGGGGAGCGCAACACGCUCUUCUCCGAGCUGGUGGACAGCAACACGCCCGAGCUGUUCCAGUUCCUGCCGCUGCGCGCGGCGGUGCACUACCGGUGGACGCUGCAGGGCCGGGCAUGGUUCCUGAUUGAGACGGCACUGUACCUGGCGACGCUUGGGCUGCUGGUUGCGUUGUCGCUGACGACGACGGAUUGGCGGCAGCCGCCGACGGGGGCAGACGCCGGGCUGACGAUUGCGCUGCUUGUGCUCUUUGCCACGCUGCUUCUGGACGAGCUGCUACAGCUGAUCACGCGCCCGCGCACGUACUUCACCGACAUGUGGAACAUACUUGACCUUGGGCGAGGCGGCCUCAUGUGCGCGUUCUGCGUGCUGCGCUUGCUUGGCGACGGAAACGCGCGCACGCCGCUGGCGGUGGUGGUGCUGCUGCAGUGGGUUGGCCUGCUGUACUUCCUGCUGCCCUUCAAGAACCUUGGCCCGAUUGUGAUCAUGGUCAUCCGCAUCCUCCAGGACACGUAUGUGUUCCUCGGGCUGCUGAUCAUUGUUGUGCUUGGCGCGACCAACAGCUUCUUUGUGUUCUUCCGGGGCUCUGGCGGCGGCACGGGCUUCUCCGACAUUGCGCUGGGCGCGUUCACCACGGCCAACAUGGUGCUGUUUGGCGACUACGACCAGUCUGUGUUUGUGGACAGCUCGGACUCGCUGGCGUCGCGGAUUGUGUUUCUGGCGGUGAUGUUUCUCUCGCUGGUGAUCCUGCUGAACCUGCUGAUUGCCAUCCUGUCCGACUCGUACGAGCGCGUGCAGCAGAACUCGAUGCACGAGCUGACGCUGGCCAAGGCGCGCAUCCUGGAGGGCCAGUACCAGUCCAUUCAGCGCUGGGCCAGCCAGUUUGUGCUGGUGACGCUGCUUCUGCCGCUGCUGGUGCUGUCGUCCCUUGUUGGGCUGCUCACGUUUGGGCACUGCGGGCAUCGGCUGCUGGCUGUGGGGCAGUGGUUGCAGGGCAUUUUCCUGCCGCGCAAGUGGCCGCAGCACCUGCUCGUUCUGAUUCCGCAGGGGACCGAGCAGGGCGAAACGCCGCGGCACGAGUGGCAGGGCGUCCUGAACGAGCUCAAGACGUGCGUGCGCGUGUAUCAUGGGGACACAACCAAUGCGGUGGCGCAUCUCCAGAGCAAGGUCAACACGGUUGAGCGGCGCCUCGAUGCCAUCGAACAGCGCAUCACGGCCCUCCUCGACCGCCUCCAUCCCCGCCAGCCCUAAAGACUGUUUCUUCUGCAUGGUGCUGUUUUGUGUGCUGUUUUGUGUGCUGUUUUGU